AUGAUGAGGCGCAGGACGUCCGACGCUCCCAGCGAUGGGCCUCAGAUCGCUGUCACUGAGCCCUCACCACAACCCGACCAGAGUCCUCGAAUCUCUAGACCAGCUGUUCGCGUGCAAAGGCUGCGCCCUUCAUCUGCAUACUCUCCGCAACCUGUACCUCGCUCGCUGCGCCCACCGUCUCCACCGACAGAACCGAAUCCCUUUGUCGACUCGCCCAAUUCUGGACCGAACACCGUGCACGGCGGCCUGCGGCGUUCUUGGAGUCCUUUCCGUAGGCGACAUGAACAUACGAGUCACGAUGAGAACAUGCCGCCCCUCGGAGAUGGGAGAUUCAGUGCCUCCUCGACCCUUGACGGCCACGAGCAACCACCCGAAUACGCGGACGACGUCGUGGACUGGCUCGACGUAUUGGAUCCCGAGGUUGCCACAGUAUCGACGCUGUCCAAUGUGCAGAACAGUCUUUUCGUUCCGGAUCUACGCGGACUGGUGAACCGAGCCCCUCUUAUCAACCUCAGCAGUCGGUCGGCACCGCUGGCGUCUAGAGCGUCUCGCAGCGGCUGUGAUGAGUGCAAGAACCAUGCCACUGCCGAGGGUAGACACCCAUCCGUACCUUCCGGCCCUACCAACGCAGGCACAACUUCAGAUCAAGCUCGUGUCCCGACCAUCGAUGAAGUGCCGGACGCCGAGGCGGCCGCGAUCGAAGCCAUUGCCGAGGAACAGCGCGGUCGACGCCAACGUUCUACGUCAACACCACCCUCCCUUGACUCUUCUUUGGACCUCGAGACGGAGAGCACCGCCGGACUCACGCAGAAGGCGAAAGGUCAAUACGCCAUCCUACCCGCUGGGCUUGACUGGGAAGAUUGGAGUCCACAGGAGCGAGCUGAGUUAGACGACUAUGUGCGGCACCUCAUGCAUAGCCGUAAGGAGCGCUUCCGCAGGCGCGCGAGGGGCUUUUGGCAGUUCUUCAGGAGACCGCUGGGCUUCUUGAUCACUCUCUGGGCUUUCCUGUUGACAUUCUGGGGAACUGCCUGGGUUUUCUUCCUUAUCGGCUGGGUGUCCGUGGGCGGUCGCCAGGGUUACUUCAUCGAGAUCUGUGAGCAAGUUCUCACGGCGCUGUUCUGCGUCGUUGGCAUCGGGAUGGCACCUUUCCGAGCGGUAGAUACCUACCACAUGAUCUUCAUCGUGCGCUACCACCGCAUGACCCUCAGACUUCGCAAAGCGGUUGGCCUACCGAAGCUGACAGACAAGAACGAUUUGCCCGUCCCCAACCGUGACGCGCUUGAUGAAGUAGAGGCACAAUUCAAGCAGAACGAGCCAGGAGCGAUGGUGCUCACCCGUGCUCAGCAGGCAAAACUGGAACAUCACCAGCGCAAGUAUCACAAGUCACACACGUUCUACCGGGCGCACGAGUCCCCCACCCAUCGCGCAUUCCCAAUCUCGCUUCUCAUCACCAUCACAGUUCUUCUCGAUCUCCACAGUAUGUUUCAGAUGGCGCUCGGUGGCACGACGUGGGGUAUAUACUACAAGCGUCGCCCCGCCGCGCUGACCGCCGUCAUCCUCUCUUGUUCACUCACUUGCAACAUCACUGCCGGCAUCUUGAUUGCUCUCGGAGGUAGAUGGACGCGUAAAGUCGAAGAGGUGGAGAAGAGGGUGAGGCAAGCGUUAACAACGGAGGCAAUGGGCAGGCUGGAGAAGCGGGCAAAGAAGCAUAAACCACCGCGAGUUCGUAUGGACUCUACUGGUACACCAUAUGUCCCAGAUAAUGAGCACAGGGACAGCAUGGAUGGCGCAAUCGACCCAGACGAGUGUGGUGAACGAUGGGCAGCGCGGCGCGCAGAGGCUGCUGGCGGCCAGCCCUCGUCAGAACGCAAUACGCCCAAGGCCGACCGUAAUACGCCCAAGAGUCGCGAUCGUCGUCUGAAGGCGCGGAUGCCGCAGGUUUACGGCGGUGUAGACCGUCAAAUGGGCCGGCUGGUGGUGGAGGAACUGCCCGAGCCGCCUCCUGCGCACCACAUCGCUCGAUCAGACGGGUCUAGCGUUUAG